AAUAUUUGUCUGAUUUGGCUUUAAGUUGUCUUGAACUGACCAUUGCUGGUGACCUUCAAGAUGAAUAUAUUAUUGAUAAAGAUAUGUCUAAUGAUUUGGACCAAUUGUGUGAACAAGAAUUACUAUAUAAACAAGAUGUUGAAGGGCAAAAAUAG